AUGACGACGCUCUCCGCGCUCGCGACGCGGUGGACGACCGCGCCCGCGCCGCCGCCCCGCGCGCGCCCCUCGCGACGACGCCGCCCCGCGCCGCGUCGACGCGUCGCGCGCGGAGGAAUCAUGGAAGACGCCGGCGUGACGUCCGCGGAUCUCGGACGCGAGCUCGCGCCGAAGCUCGCGACCGUCGCGUCGGACGCCGCGGCCGCCGCCGCCGCGAGCUCGGACUUCUCCAGGCUGUUCCCGGACCUCCCGUCGGACGUCUUCGGCGUGAGCGUCCCGGGGACGGCGAAGGCGAUCGCGGACGCGGCCGCGCCGCUGGCGAAGGAUGCGUACGCGUACCUCCCGAGCGAGUCCCAGGGCUUCCUCGAGCGGUGGUGGAGCGAGGAGGUGAACAGCGGUUUCACGAAGGCGCGUUCUCCUUCACACCGGUCCCCGUACGACCCCGUCGGCGUGGUGAACGCCAUCACGGGCAACGCCGAGUACGAGCUGUUCCUCGCGUUCCUCGCCUUCCUGUGGCUCACCUCGCGACCGGGGCUCAUCCCCGGGUUCUUCGACGCGUACUUCGCGAACGCGAUCGACGCGGUGUUGUUCGAGCAGAAGUUCAACGCGUCGGACGUCCGACAAAAGGGAAAGCUCGGCGACGGCAGCUUCGGCCAGGUCAACCUCGCGACGGACGUCGCGACCGACCGAGAGCUCGUCGUGAAGAGCGCGCGGUCGGUGCAGGGCGCCGCGCAGCUGCAGAUCGCGGAGGAGUACAUGAACCGACGCGUCCGACGCGCGCCGCUCGUCGCGCAGGGGUGCGCGAAGUACCUCGGGUCGUUCGACGUGGUCGAGGACGCGGCGUCGCCGUGCCUGGUGUGGGCGUUCGAGGGCGACGUCACGCUGGAGGAGCUGAUCGUUCGGAGGGAUUACCCGGAGUGCGUCGAGGAGGCGAUAUACGGCCGCGAGCGCGACGAGAGCGACGAUUACGCGAAGCGCACGAGCGCCGUCGCGAAGAGCGUGCUGCGAGGGCUGCUGUUCACUCUCGGCGGGUUGCACGACAUCGGCAUCGUGCACCGGGACGUGAAGCCCGCGAAUCUGGUGUUGAUGGGACGACGGUUCAAGCUCGUGGACUUCGGAGCCGCCGCGGAUCUGCGCGUCGGCGUGAAUUACGACCCGGAGCAGAGCCUUCUGGAUCCGUUUUACUCCCCGCCGGAGAACUUCAUCAUGCCGGAGCGGAUUCCCGCGCCGCCGCCGCUGCGACCGCUCGCGGCGACGUUCGCGCCGCUCGUGUGGGCGGCGUUUCUGCCGGACUUGUUCGACUCCUUCUCCGCGGGGCUGGUAUUCCUUCAGAUGUGCGUGCCGCAGCUGCGGGGACGGAAAGUCAUGGAUCCGAACGGGUCGUUCCGGUCGAACCUCGAAGACGCGGGGUACGAUCUGAGAAAGUGGAGGAAGAAGGUGGAGCCUCUCGGGUGGGAUUUCUCCGCGUUGGACGUCGGCGGCGGGCUCGGAUGGGACCUCGCGUGCAGGCUCGUGUGCAAGCGGAAUUUCCUGCAGAGGGGGCGGUUAGGGUGCAACACCGCGCUGUUGCAUCCGUUCUUUUGGACGCCGUGA